GAACUUGGUGUUUUACUUUGAACAAGGUGUUGGACACAUUCCUCACAGAUGUUGGUCCAUAUUGACAUGACAACAUCACACAGCUGCUGCACGUCUAGGAUGAAUCUCCCGUUCCAUCCCAAAGGAGCUCCACUGAGAUGUGGUGACUUGGAGGCCAUUGGAGCACAGUGAGCUCAUCGUCAUGUUUGUGUGUAAUGACUGUGGUCAUUAAGGGAUGCACAUGGUCAGCAUCUAAACCAUGCUCAGUGGGUACUAAGAGGAAAAUACCCCCUACCAUCACCCGUUGGGACGAGGCAGGAUGGAUCCAUGCCUUCAUGUGUACUCCACAUUGUGACCAUCUGAAUGUGCUGCUGCAAUGAGACCAGGAGACGUUUGUCCACUCUUCUGUUGUCCAUUGUGAGAUUCAACAUAUUUAUGUGUACAUUUAACAGGUUACUCUGUACAAUGACAUUCUUAUCUCGCUAUGCCCUCCUUCCACAGAGCUAAAGAUGUCAAAUGAAACCAUAGAGUAAAAAUAAAUAUAUUUACACACUAAAGAGCACAAUGUAUAAAUAUGUGCAUGCGUUAGCAUACGCUAAAGUACGUUUUUGGGAUGAGACUGAGUUGUAGUGUGUUUCCUGUUAGCUGACAGGAGGGGCCCCUUGUGUUCUUCUGCUUCAAGGUUCCAUGUGUUGUGCGUUCAGAGAUGGUGUUGUGUGUCCUUGCAUUUUAGUCCACACACCUGCCGCUCACUGGAUAUUUCCUCUUUUUGGGACCAUCCCCUAGAGAGGAUGAGCAGUUUGUGACAUGCAGUCUGGAUCGGAUUCUCCUGAUCCUGGUCAAAAGUCAGUCCGGAGGUCUCCACAGAGAAGCAGUAAAGGGAAGGAUGAAAGGAAAGGAGGAUACCUGUUGAAGGAGGUGAAAAGGAGAGGAAGGAUGGAGAGGAGCAGAGACGAGGAGGAGGAGGAGGAGGAGGAGCUCAUCGACAGACUGCAGGCGCUGGACGUGUCCCGCAGAUCAAAGGUCACAGGAACAGGUCUUGUUUACUCUGAGAUCUUCACUCAUCAUAAGAACCUGAGAGACUCCAGUCAUCCAGAGACACCCGACAGAGUGACGUCCAUCAUGGAGGAGCUGGACAGACAGGACCUGCUGUCUCACUGCACUACAGUGCAGAUCCGAGAAGCUGUAGAAGAAGAGCUGCUGAUGUGUCACACGAAGCAGUACGUUGAUCUGAUGAAGUCGACCCAGACAAUGACAGAAAGUGAACUUCAGAUUCUGUCUGAGGGAUACGACUCUGUGUACAUUGAUCCUGAGUCCUACAAGGUGUGUGUGUCUGCGGUGGGUUCUGUCCUCCAGCUCGUCGAUAUGGUCAUCAAGUCUGAGCUCAGGAACGGAUUUGCUGUAAUCAGACCCCCAGGUCAUCACGCUCAGGCCAACGAGGCCAACGGGUUCUGUGUCUUCAACAAUGUGGCUAUUGCAGCUCGAUACGCUCAGAGCAGACAUGCCGUCCGCCGGGUGUUGAUAGUGGACUGGGAUGUUCAUCAUGGUCAGGGAAUCCAGUACCAGUUCCAGGAUGACCCCAGUGUCCUGUACUUCAGUGUCCACAGGUAUGAGCAGGGAUCUUUCUGGCCUCACCUUUUAGAGUCUGACUGUCACUUUGUUGGCUGCGGACGAGCUGAAGGAAAAAACAUCAACCUGCCCUGGAACAAAACUGAGAUGACAGAUGCAGAUUAUAUUGCAGCUUUUCAACAACUCUUACUCCCUGUAGCUUACGAGUUUCAUCCUCAGCUGGUUCUGGUCUCUGCUGGAUUUGAUGCUGCAGUUGGAGAUCAGAAGGGAGAGAUGUGUGUCUCUCCUCAGUGUUUUCAUAUCCUCACUCACAUGCUGAUGAGUUUGGCUGAAGGUCGACUUAUUUUAGUUCUGGAGGGAGGUUAUAACCUGCAGUCCACAGCAGAGAGCGCUGCAGCCUGUGUCAGAGCUCUGCUGGGAGGAGCCUGUCCUCCUCUGACCCCGCCCACCGCACCCUCUGACAGCGCUCUGCAGUCCAUCUCUCAGACGGCCUCAGCUCUGUAUCCUCACUGGGCCUCUCUGCAAACACUGGAAGGCGGCCCAUUGGCUGAGAGUCGUGUCACGAGGGCCAAUCAACAAACCACAAAACGGAUGGAAGCGGCUCCCUUUGUUGCCCCGGUGACGGGUCUGGUUUAUGACGAGAGGAUGAUGGAGCACCAGAACAUGUGGGACAGAAAUCAUCCCGAACAGCCUCAGAGAAUCUUCAAAAUCUUCUCCAAACACCAGCAGCUGGGAUUGGUUGAUCGUUGCCAACGGAUACAAGCUCGCCUAGCAACAGAGGAGGAGCUGUCCAGGUGUCACAGUGUACAGCACAUAGAGCAGAUGAAGGCCACCGCAGUGAUGAAGCCCAGAGAGCUGCACAAACUGGGUCAAGAGUUCAACUCCAUCUUCAUCAACAACCACAGCUUCCAGUCGGCUCUGCUGGCUGCUGGAGGAUGUUUCUCUGCAGUGGAGCGAGUCCUCACAGGACAGUACUCCUCUCAGGUGAGUAAUGCCGUGGUCAUCGUUCGCCCUCCUGGUCAUCACGCCGAGAGAGACUCUCCAUGCGGAUUCUGUUUCUUCAACACGGCCGCUCUCGCCGCUCGUCACGCUCAGAAGCUAUCCCAUGAUGCACCUCUGCGCGUACUCAUCCUGGACUGGGAUGUUCAUCACGGCAACGGGACGCAGCACAUGUUUGAGGAUGACGACAGCGUCCUGUACGUCUCCCUCCAUCGCUAUGACAACGGGAUGUUCUUCCCGUCUUCAACAGACGCCGCUCCUGACCGGGUGGGCGUUUCGAAGGGGGCAGGAUUUAACGUAAACGUGGCAUGGAGCGGCGGGCAGAUGGGAGAUUCAGAGUACUUGGCUGCCUUUCACAGCGUUGUCAUGCCGAUCGCCACUGAGUUUAAUCCGGGUCUGGUUCUGGUGUCGGCCGGGUUUGAUGCAGCUCGGGGGGAUCCUCUGGGUGGAUAUCGUCUGACCCCUGAGGGAUACGCCCACCUCACACACCGGCUGAUGUCACUGGCAGGAGGGCGGGUCCUACUGAUACUGGAGGGAGGUUAUAACUUGACCUCCAUCUCUGAAUCCAUGGCAAUGUGCACCAGCGUGUUGCUAGGAGACCCUCUCCCCUCCUUAGUGACUCCCCUCCCCCCCCCGCAUUACCGCGCUGUGGCAACAAUCAAUGAAGUCAUCCGUCACCAUGCCCCCUACUGGCUAUCGCUGAGGAUACACAUCCCACAGUCGGUGCGAUCGUCCCUAACAGCCCUGAAGCAUCGUGGAAUACGUAGUUCUAAAGGAAAGGGCAGGAAGUCAGGGACAAGCAGCACAAACAAACCUCCGCUGCCCCCUGCAGGACCGGAGGGUUCCACGGAAGUUAGCAGUCUGGCGCUGCUCACCCAGGGAUUGGCUGGGUUGGACCUCAGCCAAAGCUCAGCCAAUUGCACUGCAGCUACAACAACGGUGGGGGGCGUGGCCUGCCUCACCCGGGACGAGACUGGUGAGCAGAGCCAAUCAGCAGAGAGCACUGUGCUGCCGUCUCAGACUGUUGCCCCUGGAGCUGGCGAAGCUAGCGCAGCAGGGGCGGAGCUAGAGACUGACGGAGCGCAUGGUUGGUCCAAAUCUGAGACGUGUCUGGAGCUGAUGUGUGGAGGACAGAAGGAAGCCCCUCAGUACGUGGUGGAGCCUCUGUCCUGGUGUCCUCACUUGGAUGCGGUUAAGCCCCUCCCCGCCUCUGGUAUAGAUGUCUUCCAGUCGUGUCAGGACUGUGGCUCUGGCGCUGAGAACUGGACCUGUCUCACCUGCUACCAGGUGUUUUGUGGUCGUUAUGUAAAUGAGCACAUGGUGACUCACGGGGUUGUGACCCAACACCCGAUGGUGCUGAGCUUCUGUGACCUGUCUGUGUGGUGCUACCUGUGUGAGGCCUACGUCCACCACCAGAUUCUGUUCAGAGCUAAAAACGCAGCUCACAGCGCCAAGUUCGGAGAGGAGAUCCCUCCAUGGAGCUGAGAGGAGGAGGAGGAGGAUGUGAAGAGGAGGAGGUACUACUCCUUUUUUAUUAGUCUUCCUCUUGGAUCCACUUUUUAAUCCGAGAAGCCUUUUCUUUUUUCACAUAAAUCUUUUUGACAGAAUGAGUGACGUCAUCAAUGGAACAUGCCCCUUUGAAGUUAUUAUUCAAUUUGAGCCAAUCAGCAGCCUGUAUGUCCUUAGUGUUGGUUUUCUAUCGCUCUACAACAACCUCGAAGUACAUGCAGAAAUAUCGCAUUUCUCCCCAAAUCCGUGAGGGGUCAUUGGUGAUGUUUAAUAUUUAGAAUGAGACUGUACUCAAAGCGCUGAUCAUCCGUGUGAACAUGAGGACCAAGAAGUUCUGUAGAAAUAUCCACAACAGGAAAAUGAGAGUUUAUAUCGUACUAAUGAUUUUAUUACCAUUCGUGAAGCUGAAAACUUGCUUGAGCUUUAUUUUGAAUCGUAGUUCCCUGUCAGGAGAAAUAUAAAAGUGAUUCAAAGUCAGUUGAGGUGCGCUUGAUUCGCUGACGGUGUCACAAGGCUUUUUGUUGGGUUUCUGAUGUUUUAUUACCAUUAAAAUGUUUGUCUUCACUUCUAUAUGAAUACGCCUUGUUAAGAAUUCUCAGGUUCAUGAACACGUUAAUGUUUCUGAGCAAUAAACAAAUGGUUGAACUACGAGGAGCUGAUUUUCUGUUUAAUAUUAUUCGGAAGGUCAAAGGUCUUCAGCAGCUUAUUUGAAAAAGUCAAAAGCUGAGUUUGUGUUGAAGAGCAUUCUGGGUAAUGAAGUAAUCAAUGAACUACAGAAACUACCAAAGUAAAAGUACCACAUUCACCAUUUCAGUUCAUUACAGAAGUAUCAUUGUUAAAGUAACAUUUGACAUUUGUUGGUCAUUUUAACAAAGGUCUCAUUGUUACUAAAAUGAUUGCAUUUUUGUUCGCUAAGGCUCAGAAUAAACAAAGUAAACAAUACUACCAGAGUACUACCAUUACCUGUUGGCCUGUGCACUUCAUUUUUUAAUUGUAUAUUCUAUUAAUU